AGUCCGGAUGUUCCCCAGUAGCGAAUAACCAGCAGUAGUGUGUGAAUGUGGCAACCGAGGUAGACAGGGAGGGGUAGAUAGACUGACCAGACCAAGGACUUGUUUUGUCUUUUGUCUUUAUUUCUCUUUUCUGACGAAGGAAGUGUUUACUGUCUAUGUUCCGCCACGGUUAUAAACUUGUGUGUGGAGCAGAAAGCCCGGCCGCCGCUGCGUUUCUCUGGGACUAACCGUUUAACCGUUAGUGAAAACAGCCCAGAAGAAAGAAGGAGAGGGAGAAACAACAUGGGGCAAUGAUAAAAAGAAGAAGGUGUUGUGCUGUGAACCGACGAUGACUCUCUGGGAGGAUCCGUGAAGCUUAUUUAUUUUUAUUUAUUCCCCUCUUCCCUGUCCUGUUGGUUUUAUUUUUAUAUUUUCUCCUCCCUUGUUACUUUGGGGAGGAUUUUUUUUUAAAAAGGAAAAGGAUACAAGAGGACUGAAGGAUGGACCAAGCCGGCAUCCUUAGAAAGUUUAUCCAGGAGGUGAAGGCCAUGAGCGAGGGGGACGAGGAGAGGGGAGAGGACAACUUCGGCAGCGACUUUAUGCGGUUAAGGCGAUUAUCAACCAAAUACCGGACAGAGAAGAUCUACCCCACCAAUGUAGGAGAGCGGGAGGAGAAUGUAAAGAAGAACAGAUACAAAGAUAUACUGCCAUUUGAUCACACCAGGGUGAAGCUGAAAUUAAAAACGACCAAUCAGGACACAGAUUACGUCAAUGCAAACUUUAUUAAGGGGAUUGAUGGCCCAGAAGCUUACAUUGCAACUCAGGGCCCACUGCCGAACACUGUCAUCGACUUCUGGAGGAUGAACUGGGAGUACAAUGUAGCUGUUAUUGUAAUGGCUUGCCGAGAGUUUGAGAUGGGAAGGAAAAAGUGCGAGCGCUAUUUCCCGCUGCUUGGGGAGGAGCCGAUGAGUUUUGGCCCUUUCAGAAUCUCCUGUGAAUCAGAGCAGGCCAGAACAGACUACUUUAUCAGGACUCUGACAGUGGAAUAUGAGAAUGAGACUCGGAGGAUAACACAGUUCCAUUAUAUGAACUGGCCGGACCACGAUGUCCCCUCAUCGUUUGACUCCAUAUUGGACAUGAUCGGACUGAUGAGAGAAUACCAAGAGAAUGAUGACGUUCCUAUAUGUAUACACUGCAGUGCAGGCUGUGGGAGGACGGGUGCUAUCUGUGCUAUCGACUACACGUGGAACCUCCUCAAAGCUGGGAAAAUCCCAGAAGAUUUUAAUGUUUUUCUGUUGAUCCAAGAGAUGAGGACGCAACGACAUUCUGCUGUCCAGACUAAGGAGCAGUACGAGUUAGUUCACCGGGCAAUCGCUCAGCUCUUCCAGAAACAACUGCUUCGGCUGGAGAGCCCGACCAACACGCAGAUCAACGAUGGCAUGGAUGAAAGCAGUCCAGAUAAAGCAAGCCACCAAUCAGACGACGAGAGAUGGGACACGCCUCCUCCAAAACCUCCCCGCAUUCGCAGUUCCCAGGCUGAAGGUGAUGUGAAGGAGGAGAUCCUGCAGCCCCCAGAACCUCACCCCGUACCCCCAAUUCUGACCCCGUCUCCCCCUUCAGCUUUCCCCACUGUCACCAAUGUACGGCAGGACAACGACCGCUACCACCCCAAACCUGUUAUACACGUCCUGGCUACCACACAGAAUAAAGAAACGGAUACACAGCAGAACCAGUCCGAACUCAGUUCAAACAAGCAGUCGAGCCCCUCAGAGCAGAAAGACCAGGAUCUCCAAAGUCUAAAGCAGCAGACUCAAGUCUCAAAUCUUGAUCUGAAUGACAACUACAACAACAAGACGUCGUCAACAUCCACAAAAACAGAAUCAGGCCAAAGCCAGACGCCCUCCUCGCCCCUCUCCCCGGCUCAUGAAUGUUCCGGUGCUCCUCGGAUCGAGAGGAAGCUGAGCAUCGAGAUCAAAAAGGUGCCAUUACAGGAAGGACCUCGUAGUUUUGACACCUCCGCCUCAAUGGGUGUAGCAGGAGGAGUAAGCAGCAGUUCCACAAACAAUGCAGGAGUGCUGCAAAGAAGCCACGCCUUCAAAGCCCGAUCCGGCCAAUCGUUGCUGACCUCUAGCUCUUCGCUUUCAGAGGACUCGGGCACAGAGGGGGGAGCAGGCGGGUGUGUAGAGAGUAACGCAGAUGGAGGCGUCCUCCCCAGACCCAACCACCUCCCUGUGAAGAGCGAGAAGGGGGAGACACCAGGAGGGGAGCGAGCCGAGGUGAAGGCCGGCCAUGCAGCGUGGAGUCAACCGUGCAACAGCCCGGACAAGCAGUUUCUCAAAACCACCUCCUCCUCUUCCUCCUCCUCAGAACGCGUCGCCCCUUCCUCCUCCUCUUCUUCCCACCUGUCCUCUUCCUCUUCUUCCUCUUCCUCCACCCCUGUCAGGACUGCCCUGAGCUUCACCAACCCCCUGCAUUCAGAUAACUCAGACGAGGAGGGGGAUGGGGAGAUGACUGGAGGGAAGGAGGGUCAUCGUAGUAAUGUGUCCACGGCGACAGCCAUGGUGACCACGUCCCUUCAGCACGGGGACCAGCAGCCAAUACGGAAGGUGUCGCCCAUGUCGAUCGCGGGGCAGGGCUCUCUGUCACCCUCUGCAAACACAGCAAACCCUCUGGAGGCGAAAACGUCAGCCUCAGCUGAAUGGAGCAGCUCACACAAAGACGUGUCAGAUUGUGUUAAGAAGACGUCUCCAGCAGACUCUGAAUCAGCUGGUCCCACAGCAACAGACAGCAAGGCAGACCUGGGUGGGGUUCGGUAACCGCUGCAUUCAGCCCAAAGGACCCCGAGAACCCCCCUUGGAGUGGACAUGAUGGAACGGUCCAUCUGCGCCGUUCACCAACAAGCGUGCUCCUUCGUCAGGAGAUGGACUAUACUGAUCUCACCUGGCUGGUCCAAAACAAAAAAACGUCAUAGAUGCUAGAAAGACAGAAUGCACAAUUUUACAUAGAAGUCCCUUCUGUGUAACUCUGUGCCAAUACCUUCUCCUCCUCUUCCACCUCCUCCUCCUCCUCCUCCUCUGUCGUUCCUUCAAAGUGCCACAGUGCAAAGCAGACGAACAGUUUCCAGUCAAGUGGCUUGUCCAUUUUAGAACAAGACCCAUGUUUUCCUGCUCGAGUUUGCUGAUGUUAGAGGUUUUGAUUUUCUAGAAACUGACCUGGGAUCAGUCCUGUCAUUGGUUAAAGGAUAAUUCCUGUUUAUUUCAGCUGUUUUUUGGUGGCUUGCAAGUAGAAUAAUCUUGUUUUUUUUCUCUGAGCUGUUGACACAUCAUGAAUAUUUGAUCAUUUUGAGGCUGAAGGAAGAGAGGUGCAGGUGUACACUAAUAUGUGUUCACCUUGAAACAACAGGUAGUCAGUUUUCUGUCAUACCAAAUGAGAAAAGGUUUUUUUUUUCAAUCAGGAAUGAUCUUUAAUCGGACAAGCUACUGCGGGAAGCUGAUUCCUGAGGUUUAACUGAACUCCCCGAAGCUGUCUCGCUUCCUCCUACUGAAUGAACAACAAUCUUCAAAGCGAACCUAGAUAAUCUGUUACCCAUGAUGCAACCUUUUCUGUUGGGUAUGUACGGGUUGCCAGGGUGCUCUCUCUUUCUCUCUCUCUAUCUCUCUGUCUGUCUCUCUCUCUUCUUCUUCUUUCUGUGUGCUGGUGCUACAUUACAAAGGAUCAGUGUAGAAACGGAUGCACUCGAGCUGACUGUUAUCAACCUGUACUUGUUUCUUACAUGCAUUGAGGUUUAUUCCUGUGUUCGCUGCAGUAAUGUUAGCUCGAGUGCUUUGUAUUUCCAUACUGGCCUCCCUGUUUACCAGAGUCGUAGAUGUAUGCAGUUUGGUCAUUGUGGUGGUCAGUGAGAGUGCUGCUCUGUGGAUAUUUGUGGAAUUAUUUGACAUUUUGGGAAACUGGCUUAGUCACUUGUGGGAGUAAUUUCCUUCUCAUGUCUGUACGGUAAAUAAGGGCCAAGAGCCAGAAGCAGCUUAGCUUAGCUUAGCUUGGUAUAAACACUGGACAGAGUCUUAAUGCUUAAAUUCCACCCACCAGAACUUUUAAAGCUCAUGAACAAAGGUGUUAUAUCUCAUUCACUUGAAACACACAUGCUUUAGUAUAACUUGGGUUGUAUGCUGGACUGGUUGCAGUGACUUCUUUAAAACAGUUUUGCUCAUAAACCCUGAAAAAUUUAUAUUAUUACACUUUUUGCACUAUUUAUACAAAUGAGAAUGACAAUAUCUAGACUAGCUGUUCACCUUUUCCCAGUGUUUACACCAAGCUGAAUCUUUAAAGGUCCUGUGAGUAGUUUUUGCGUACUGAUGAAACAGACUUAAAUGAAUACUGACGCAUGUUUAUGACCUAUUAAAGUAAACAAGGCCAUAAGCGGCAAGCUUGAUCUUUUCUAAACACUUAUCAUGGUGUCUUAAAAUUGCUGCUGCAGGGUAGCUGGCAUAGUGACAGGUUAACUGUGCACUACCAAAACAACCUCUUAUAAAUGACACAUUUUAUUGUUUAAAUAAAGCUUGAUGAGAUUUUUUGAUAAAAGCAAUACUCACACAUAAACGGGACAAAAUCUACAGCAUGGCAUGUCCACCACAAGGGGUGCCAAAAUCAAUGCAAAUUAAACUUUCCUCACAGGAGCUUUAAGAACAGUUUUUCCUAUCAUCUCUUGUGACAUAGCACAAGCUUCACUUUUUUUGCACUGGUUAGCAUGGUUAUCUUCAUGCUAAGCUAUGCUAACAAAAUGUAACAUACAGACAUGAGAGUGGUAUCAAUCUUCUAAUCUCAUUUUAGGCAAAAAAAAAAAAAAAAAACAAGUCUAGGUUUAAAAAACAUUCAAAGUAUUCAGUGUAUUUCUGCAGCAGUGGAUGUGAAAGAUAGUGUUGACCUUUUGACUGUGAGAAGGCAAAGCUAGAUGUAAUGAUGCUGGAGCUUGAAAUGAAGGAGUUCAGUAGGAGGUGAUUGAAUGUGGUAAUGGUGUUUUAUUGAUUACGCUGAUUAAACUAAUACACAAACAGAUUUAUAAUUUUAAAGCUGUUAUUCUAGUUGAUCGACCAGAUAGAGAAAAUGUUAAGAUUUGAGUUAGAAUUGGCAAAAAAGAAAGCAAAAGUAUGACUUAUGAUAUUUACAGCAUAAUUCCCACAGCUGUGUCUAAUUAUUCUUUUAAUUCCAGUCAAAACAGAGUGAAAAUGAACUGAAAGAAAACCUCAGCAAUGACCAAACUCCUCCUCUCUGUGACUCUGGCCCUCACUGCUGGGACCAUGAGCCUGCCUUAGACAGCCAAUGACAGUCCUCCUUUAUUUGGCCUCUUUUCUUUGUGUGUGUCUGUGUGUUUUUGUCCUCUCUCUAAGUCUUAACUUGGGACUCAGUUAUUUUCCUUCUGCACUGUCCUGUCUUUGUUUUGUGUUACUUUUCCGUUCUUUUUUCCUCCCCUGCUGGCGAGGCCCUGAGAUGAACAACCAUGCCAGUCUUGUUCUUUAUAUGUGCUGCCAGUUUACUCACAAUAAAACCUCAGUUUUUUGCAGUAGGAAUGUUACACAUCUUCUGAAACUCUUACAAGACUUGACAGAGUAAUAUAAAGCCUGUUUUCCCUAUAAAACAAACAAACAAAGGUCUCUACUAAGAGGACUUGCAUGGUUCCUCAUCUGACGGCUGAACUCAAACUGAUACUGUAGCUGCUUCUGUUUGUGAAACAAAGACUGAAUAAGACAGCAGCAGCCAGGGACCCAGGACUACUGUUUUCUCCUGAUUUUUAGCGCUCUUUGCUAACUCCUCCUUCAUUUGCUACCAUAACUAUACAGUAUAUGCAUUGUUUUAUAAGAUAAAGAACUGUACAGGGCAGUUUAGGUAUAUAAUAUUUUCAGAUUUUUUGUUAUCUCGUAAAUAUUCUUAUUAACAGAAGAUGUAAGAAAGUCAGUGCAUGAUGAUAUGAUGAUGAUAUGAUGAUUCCUCCCUUACACCAUAUUUCCCUUCAAACUGUAAAUUAUUCCGCUGCCCUUUUUUUUUUUGCUCCUGGCAAAUAUUUCAGGGUUAUUUUUAUUUUUAUGUUUGAGUUAUAUGAUAAAGAUUGAUUUUUUUCUUUUUGUUUGUUUUGUUUUAAAUUGGUUGGCAGAGGAAAAGCGUUGCCCCUUCCAGAUAGCUACAGUGGGCUCCUGAAUAAGAUUGUAAUAAUAAUAUUAAUGAUGAUAAUAAUAAUAAUGGUUGUUUUUUUUGUAAAUGGUAUUUUAAAAGUUAUUUUUGUAUACGCGGUUGUUUGUUGCGUCACAAGUCCACUGCCACCCACCAAAAUCUCCUCUUUUACUCUCGUCUCUCAAGCUUUCUCCACUUUUCCUUUUUAUUCUCCAAGCUUUUUUUUUUCUUUUUUACACCUUUGGAUUUUUCUUUUGCUCGUGAAAUGUAAAACAUGCAGCAGAGAUAGAUCUCCUGCUCAAGACACGGAGCAUCUCAAUAUUUCUCUCCUCUGCCCCAUCUUUGGUACCAUCCCCUGCUGUUUUCUCUCUUUCAACCCCCUCCCUCCCUCGUUUCUGCCCUUCUAAUUUUUAAAAGGCUGUCAUCUUCAACACGUCAGUUCUCUUCAGUCCAACAUCUCUAACUGAACGUUGGAUCAAAUUCGGAAACCCACCAUGGAACCUGACUAAAACACAGCUUUUAAACUUCCUCCCUUACUUUCUCUUCAUUUAGCACAUGUUAGCCAUGCACACUAGCCUCAAUCUCAGACAAGAGCCCACCUGUGCCUUUAAGUGAGAGCCCGCCCACUUCCCCUCUCUUUCCUUUCCUCCCCCUCUGUCCAAUCAUAAUUAACGGCUUGAGCGUGAGCGAUGUGAUUCGCUGCUGCUUGCUCAUUGCCUCCUGUGGGACUCUCUUUCAACACCCCCACAUACACAUACACCAUCACCACCAACCCUGUACCCACUCUUCACGCACAUACACAAAUAGACACACACACACCCAAAAUGUUUGUAUGUUGCAGAAAUCAAUCAGUAAAAUUGAACAUUAAGUAAAA